GAGGACAACCACAGCUACUACGUGUCGCGGGUGUUCGGCCCCGGGGAGGCCCAGAGGAAGGGGCUGUGGGUGGACAUGGCAGCGGCCAACGGGAGCCAAGUGAAGAUCCACGGGAUCCUCUCCAACACUCACCGCCAGGCCUCGAGGAUCAUCCUCUCCUUUGACUUCCCCUUCUACGGCCACCUCCUGCGGCAGGUCACGAUAGCGACGGGCGGUUUUAUCUUCGUGGGGGACGUGAUCCACCGCAUGCUCACGGCCACCCAGUACAUCGCCCCCCUCAUGGCCAACUUCAACCCAGGCUGGUGGGAUGAGGAGAGGCCUGACCUGCUCUGGUCACAACCCCCCCCUCCAGGGACAGUUUUCGUGGUGCAGUGGGACAAGGUGUACCUGCAGGGGAAGGAGGACAUGGGCAGCUUCACCUUCCAGGCAGCCCUGCACAGCAGCGGGAGGAUCGUCUUUGGGUACAAGGAGAUCCCAGUGCCAGUGCUGCAGAUCAGUGCCACCCAGCACCCCGUGAAGGCCGGGCUCUCUGACGCCUUCAUGGUCCUCAACCCUUCUCCCGACGUGCCUGCUGCUCCUCCACGGGCUGCUCCCUCCACCCCACGGCCUUCCCAAGCCCUGCCCUGGGCUGUGAGGGGAGAAGAAGUGCAAGAACUGGGCAUGAAAGAGCCUCACGAGGUGGAGAAGGAGGGGCAGGAGGGGAGGGUGCUCGUCCUGCUCAUCUCCUGGGCUCCAAGUGCAGGGCACGUGCCCGUGCUGGGAGGAGAGUCGUCAGCAGCCGGUGAAUGCGGGCUGGGAGCUUGUCUCCAGCACCAGAGCUGUGAAACGUGUGUGACCUCGGAGCUGACCUUCAACUGCAGCUGGUGUCACGUCCUGCAGAGGUGCUCCAGUGGCUUUGACCGGUACCGGGAGGAGUGGUUGUCCUAUGGCUGUGGCCAGUCAGAUGAAAAGACCUGUGAGGAUCUGGCAGAAGGCAGCCACUACUCAGCCCCUCCUGACAGCUCCUUGUCCCCCCUGAGCGAGGGUGUCCCCUCCUCCACGGCCUCGCUCUUCAUCGACAGCCUCACCACCGAAGACGACACGAAGCUCAAUCAGUUCGCAGGAGCAGAGGGCAUGGGGAGCAGCCUUCCUUCCAAGACAGCCCCGAUUCCCACCGGCACCAUCGUGGGGAUCGUCCUGGCCGUGCUGCUCGUGGCCGGGAUCAUCCUGGCUGGGAUCUACAUCAGCAGCCACCCCACCUCCAACGCCGCCCUCUUCUUCAUCGAGCCUGCCCCUGAUGGAUAG